AUGCUGCAUAAUUCACUCGAUCCGUAUGGCGGUGCUGUCACAGAGUGCUACGGUGCUAUUAUUGGCACGGCAGACCUCCAGCCUGCAGACGAUCCUAUUCCGGUCACGGUGGACCCGAAAUGGCUAAUUGCGUUCAUAGUUGGCUCAGCGGGAGGAUAUAUCGGCCAUGGACGCUCGCGAUGGCGAAUCAUGCGCGGAGCCACCGGUCCACGACCACGGUAUGUCUUGCGUCUGCUGCGCGCUAAGAAGCUUGUCGCGGCGAUCGCCGUUGAUGCUGGUGGAUUCCCGAAUGAUCGAGACCGGGCCCGGCGGGACCGGCAAGGCCUUCUCUGGCUCUGCUGGCCGGGGUCGAUCUUCCCAGGCCAGCGUCUUGUCUGCUUGAUAACCCAUCCCGUCCUCCUCGAGUCGUCCCUUGACGGUUGUGAGAGUCAUUCCUCACCAUCCUUCCGAUUUCAGAUCUGUCGACCAUGCUGUGAAUCUCGAACGACCAUGACGGUGGAAACUCCCUCUCGUCCAGCCACCCCGCAUAGUGUCGAGGACGGUGACAUCUCCGCACGCAACUCGACCGAGUCCUUCAAUCACCACGAUGAAGAGCAGCCAGACGACCGAGUGAGAGAGACGCGAGUCAGGUUCCAGUCGUUCGACGGACACAGAUCGCACUCCUCGCAACAGCCAUUGGUGCCAGACGACACGCCCGACCUGGAGAAAGCAGAGACCGCGCGGUCCGGCUUGGACACGGAAAAUGAAGACGAACAAUCACGCGUGCCAACCCGGGUAAUGUCCUUGCGGGACAAGGCUCGCCAAUUCAUGACCCGACUGGGACGCCCCGAAGACCCCGGCGAUGGUCUAACUCCGGCUGGCAUCUGGGGCGACGAUGGGUAUUCUCCUCUGGAGGAGCAUUCAGACGAAAAGUCACCUCACCGUAACCCGACAUCCGAAGCGCAUCGCCUGGUCCGCGGCUUCUCUCAGCACCAUUUCCGCCGGCGAAAGACGCGACCGACAGCGCCCGUCAGUCCCACGCCGGAGGAACAGGGCAUGUCCGAUACCGAACCCGAAUCGCACGGCGGUGAGGGCAUCCUGUCGCAAUUGCUCAAAUUGCAGGGUCGACAAGCGACGGAUGACGGGCGUCAAAGCGGCCGUGCGACCCCCGAAGCGAGCAGUCCUGGCACCACAUCCCCGGGCACAGCUACCCCAGGUACAGGCACCCCGGGCACCGCAACGCCCAAGAAGGUGAAGUGGUACCACAAGCCUCAGGCCAGCCAGUCGACCUUGUCUCUGGUCGGCGCGGGCUUGAAUCUGGGUGCGGCCGGCACUCCCCAUCACAUGAGCGAGGUGAAGCCUGCCGUUGCUGCGAAGCGCCGGAGCGCAGGUCGCCUGGAAGACGAGAUCCGCAUCACGGUCCACAUUGCCGCCAUCAUCACCCGUCAGCGGUAUUUGAUCCAGCUCUGCCGUGCACUCAUGAAGUUCGGGGCUCCGAGCCACCGACUGGAGGAGUACAUGACGAUGACGGCGCGGGUCCUCGACGUGAACGCUCAAUUCCUCUACUUGCCGGGAUUCAUGAUCAUCUCGUUCGACGACCCCUCAACCCGUACCACCGAGGUGAAACUCGUCCGGAUGGCGCAAGGGGUCGAUCUCGCGCGACUGGAUGAUACGCAGGACAUCUAUAAGAAUGUGAUUCACGACGUCAUCGGGGUCGAAGAGGCCAUCCAGCAGCUGGAAGAGGUGAUGAAACGACCGCCAAAGUACCCGGUCUGGCUGGUGAUCCUCUGCUACGGGCUGGCGAGUGCCACGGUGGGGCCGUUUGCGUUCGAGGCGCGGCCAAUAGACAUGCCCAUCAGUUUCUUCCUGGGCUGUCUGCUGGGAAUGAUGCAGCUGGUGUUUGCGCCGCGGUCGAGCCUGUACUCCAAUGUCUUCCAAGUAGUAGCCUCGAUCGUGACAUCGUUCCUGGCGCGGGCGUUCGGGAGCAUCCGCAACGGCGUCGUGAAUGGCCAGCAGCAGUACCUGUUCUGCUUCUCCUCAAUGGCGCAGUCAUCCAUCGCGCUGAUCCUGCCGGGAUUCCUCGUGCUCAGCAGCAGUCUGGAGCUACAGUCGCACCAGAUCAUUGCAGGCUCGAUCCGGAUGGUCUACGCCAUCAUCUACUCGCUGUUCCUGGGCUACGGUAUCACAGUCGGCACGACCAUCUACGGGCUGAUGGACGCCAAAGCGAACUCGUACACGUCCUGCUCAGGCCCUCUGAUCGGCAACAGCCAGUACGUGCAGCGGUUCCCGUUCGUGGCGGCAUACGUGCUGUUCCUAGUGGUCAUCAACCAAGGGAAAUGGAAGCAGAUGCCGGUAAUGAUGCUCAUCGCCGUCGCGGGCUACGUCGUCAACUACUUCAGCAACCAGAAGCUGAACUCGAACCCGGAGCUGGCCAACACGCUCGGCGCGUUCACCGUCGGGGUACUAGGCAACCUGUACAGCCGGCUGUGGCACGGCCACGCCGCAUCCGCCAUCCUACCAGCCAUCUUCGUGCUGGUGCCCUCGGGCCUGGCGUCAGCAGGCUCGCUGGUGUCGGGCGUGCAAUCCGCGGCAGAAAUCCGCAGCAAUCUGACAGGCAACUACAACGAGACGGGCCUGGCGGCGACGACGAGCGCCACCAGCAGCGCCAGCUCCGUGUACGACAUGGGGUACGGCAUGAUCCAGGUCGCUAUCGGGAUUACCGUGGGGUUGUUCCUGGCAGCAGUGGUCAUCUACCCAUUGGGCAAGCGGCGCAGUGGGCUGUUCAGUUUUUAG